GGCCGCGCGAUUCAGGACAGGACCACGAACGUACGGACCAUCAAAAGUACCUACAAAUUGCAAUCGAGGUGCAGACUGCACCUGGGAAGGCUGCGUAUACCGCCAUCCUUGGAACGACAACUACCCAGGGUUCCAAGCUUCCAAGUGGGCAUAUCGUGACGACAACCCGCGUCUCGACUCCAGCACAGGUGGGUACUCGCCCCAUUCAUCGUCCGCAAGGCCUUCAUUCCGGCCAGGGGUGACACGCUCUGACCGUGUUCGGCCUCGACCAUCAGACGAAUACGACGACCGAGAAGUGGGCGCGAAGAGGCAGAGGACGGACGAUUGGGCAUCAAACGCGAACUAUAACGCGAGCUCUGAUAAGGAGUCUUCGUCGGGUACUGCCUAUUUGAGCCAGGCGACCGCGCCACCGCAACCAACGCACACGCGCUUUGGCACAAGCAGCCUCGACAGUCCAACAUCCAACAACGUCUUUGUUGUCCCAUCCCGUAACGAUCCUCGCACGAAGUCAGGACCACCGCCACGAGGAGCUAGCAAUUCGCCAGCACUCAACAAUUCCGGCUUCCUCUCUCCCUCGCAGACCCCACCACUAGGCGGUGGUGGAACACUCGACGCGAUGUCGUUUGGCACCGGCGUGACAGGGGAUGCACGAGCAAGGGAUAUCCUUGUACCUGAGGCGGGGAAUAUCCCACUUGAUCAAAUACGAAACCCUAAUGAGGUGCUGCAGUUUGUCAUACGACGUAUGGCAGCUGCUGUCCGAACCAAUGCGACUCGAGAAGAUCUAGUGGCCAAACAUCUUGUGCUGAAGGGCCUCCGUCAAACCAUUGUCCCUCUCCCCUUAUCUGGUCAACCCAACACCAGCAGCAAGGUCGAGGAACAGCUCGACUCUUCUCGACGAGAAAUACAUAAGGUCGAGCAGAAGCUGCAACGGUAUUAUAUCGAGGCCGAAGUAGGGUGGCGCCAACUGGGGUUGACUUUUGCGCUGGGACACUUACCGAGUCUGGCGGAAGUGAGGGACGUGGAGGGUGUGAGGGUGUGGAUCGAUGGUAUCAAGAACGAUAUUGGGAGAUAUCUCGAGGUAAGAAUGCAAGACGACCUCCGGAGAGCUGAGGCGAGGGUCGUCCAAGCUGCCAAUGCGCCCAGGCCAAGGGAUGACGAAAUGGAGCGCCGGAUAUUCGAAAUCUCCAAGGCGCAGGAAGACAUCCGAAUUGAACAAGCCAAACAGCGACGGCUAGAUAAUGCUGGAGUGCUUCAUCGGCUUGAGGCACUGGAGCGCGAAAUGCACGAUCGCAGGCAGAUGGAUGCGGAUGCGCAUACGGAAAUCGAGAGCGUGACUAAGAGACUCACAGACUUGGAAGACGUGUUUGGAUAUACGAGAGCGGAUCUUGACACGUUGAUCGAGAAGAUGGAUGGGAUGGCUGCGAAGGAAGACAGGAUUGACGAUGUCGAAAAAGAGCUACGAGGCAUCAUUGAUUCUGCCAUCGCGUGGCUAGGAACGGUGGUGUGA